GAAACUAACGUUGUUAUAAGAGAAUAUAUUAUACUAACUAUGCAUUCAGCACGUAUGGGAUUGUGUAUUUCGGCAAUGAUGGCGCUAUGUGGAUACGUCAGUUCUUUUAUCUUAGCUGAAUCACAAGCUCUCAGAUCUUCGGUCACAGGUCAGCAAAACAAAGAAAUAGAAAAGAAAAUUUAUUUCUUGACCAAACUUCUUCAACAGAUGAACUUGCCUAAAGAUACCAGUCAGUCAUUUAAAGAAGUUGCGGCAAUAACGGGCACGAGAACAUCUGUCAUGAAUGUACAGUCAUUAUCAACUUCUGAUAAUCUUUAUAAAGCGAUCAAAUCUGACAUUGGUGUAGUUAGUCCGCCGGUAAAUUCCGAGAUAAAUGUACAGACAACGGUUGAUGAUGAUGCUAAUACAAACAAUUCUAAAUUACAACAGAAAGGUGCUACUUUGUCAGUAGAAGAGCAAAGACACAAAGAUCUCACUUCACUUUCAAAUGAAGAUAAAUCUUAUAUCAAAAAUG